AUAAAAGAAAUAGCAUAGUUUAUGGGAAAUGCAUUUUUAGUUUCAUUUUCAGUUGAAGAGAUACCCAUCUUACAUUGAGCAAACAUCAGUGUCAAGGCUACCGAUCUACAUUCGGCCUGCCUUGACUCUCAGGAGCAGCAGUUGUGUGCACCAUGACAAGAUAUACUACCUAUGGCGAUAUUACACAGGUUCAGACAACAGGAGCUUCCCAGGCAACUGCAAAUCAGGACAAUCUAAAUUACAGUGGUGUUGCGGCCUCUCAAAGGCUGGUGAAAACUGACCUUGAGCGGUUGAACCAGUACAAGUCUUUGAUCGAGGAUGUUGCCGAUGCCAAAAAAAUCGAUGUGGCCCUCAUCGGCGCCAUCAUGUCCCGCGAAUCCAGAGCGGGCAACUGCUUGGAUAAUGGCUGGGGUGACCAUGGCAACGCCUAUGGCCUCAUGCAGGUUGACAAAAGGCAUCAUAGUAUAAAAGGAAGUUGGAACAGCAAAGAACAUGUUAUGCAGGCAACACAGAUCCUGAUAGAUAUGAUUAAUGCCAUCGGGCUGAAGUUUCCGAGCUGGACAAGUGAAAAGCAACUUAAAGGUGGGAUUUCUGCCUACAACAUGGGACCAGGCAACGUUCCCAGCUAUGCGGAGGUAGAUAGUCAUACAACAGGCAAAGACUACUCCAAUGAUGUGGUCGCGCGUGCUCAGUGGCUGAUAGACCAAGGGUUUUAGUUGUCACAGCUCAAGCAGCUCAUCAGUUUGUUCUGUCUAAAAUAACAAAACUUAAAUCACUGCAGCUGCAAAAAUGUCAGUAUUCAAAUUCUUUUUUUUUUUCAGUCUUUCAUUUCAUCAAUAAAAUCAAUUCAAAUUGUAA